AUGAGCGCGAUGGGUGUUGGCGACGCUCCUCCACGUGCGACUGGUGCGCCUCCACGAAAGGCGAACGUCCUCUCCUUUGCGGCUCUCGUCGCUCUCACUGUCCUUCCUCAACUACCUUAUGUAUCGGCGCACGACCAUAUCGCGUACACGCACCACCACGGCCGGCGCCAGUCCGUCCCCGCCCAGCUCCCGGGCACAUGGGAGUUCCAAGGCUGCGUCACCGACGCUGUCGGCUCGCGCACGCUACAGGGCGCGACCCAGGCGAGCUCGACGAUGACGAUCGAGACGUGUCUCGCGUUCUGCGACGCGCAGGGGAUGGUGUACGCUGGGACCGAGUUCGGGAUCGAAUGCUACUGCGGCAACUCCCUCACCCCAGGACACACACCCGCGCCCCUCUCGGACUGCAACACCCCGUGCGCAGGAGACACGACACAGCAGUGCGGCGCCGCUGGACGCAUGACCCUCUUCUGGAACGGACAGGCCCCGUCCGCCGCCCCAACGCUCGUAGAGAGCGUCGGGCUGUGGAGUUUGUUGGGGUGCUAUAGCGACAACGUCAACGACCAAGGACGCGCGAUCGCACACGGCACGCCCGUGCAGGGCCUCGUGAGCAUCGAGUCGUGCACCACCGCGUGCUUCAACGCGGGGUAUGGGAUUGCGGGGACGGAGUAUUCUGCUGAAUGCUACUGCGCCUCCGAAAUAACAAACGGCGGCGCCCCCGUCCCCGCCGCAGAGUGCAACAUGGUCUGUGCCGGCAACUCUACCGAGCUAUGCGGCGGCCCCAACCGGCUCUCCGUAUACAACUAUACCGGGUCUGACCUGCCCCCCAUCUCCGGCCCCGGAGGAGGAGGCGGAGGCGGAGGCGGGGGAGGGGGGAUAGUGGAUGUGUUCCCGGUGUUGGAUGGUUUGCCAAGUGGGUGGGCGUAUAAUGCUUGUUGGGUGGAUAACGCCCACGGAAGGAUAGGGCCGUUCCAGGUGACAGGCGGCGCGAGCAACACGAUACAGAGCUGUGUGGGCCAGUGCGAGGCGUUGAAUUAUACGGUUGCGGGGACGGAGUUUGCUAAUGAAUGCUAUUGCGGCAACGCCCUCGUCAACGGCGCCGCCCUCGCGACGGACAACGGGUGCAACAUGGGCUGUGCGGGGAAUACGACUCAAGCAUGUGGCGGUCCGAACCGCGUCUCCGUCUACUCCAAAGGACCGAUCACCGCCCUCCCCGUCCCGAGCGCGCAGACGACGGGUUUGCCGGGGCAGUGGAGGUAUGCGGGCUGUUUGAGGGAACCGACAGGCGUGAAGAUGUUCUCCAACCAGAUCAUCUGGCCGACGAACAACACGGCGGUCGCGUGCAUGAGCCAGUGUGCGGCGUUUGGGUAUCCGGCGGCGGGUGUUGAGUACGGCCAAGAAUGCUACUGCGGCGACAUCACGGACGUAGCGGACAAGAACGGCGUCUUUGGGGCCGAGAGCGAGUGCACGACGCCCUGCCCGGGCGACCCCAUCCACCUUUGCGGCGACGGCGACAGGCUCACGACGUACUUCUGGAACGGAACGAUGAAUAACUGGCAUAGGCCGGCGAAUAUUGGGCGAUACGAGUUCUUCGUCCCCGGUGUCGUCGUUCCGCUGAUCGCCACAGUUGGUAUCAACGACAAAGUUACAUUCCUCGAAAAAGCAGGCACAGGAUUCCCGAACAGCACAGGCGCAUACGAGCUCGACCUCUCCCUCGCACACAACUUCUCCGCCGCCUGGCGCGAGAUGCACGUCAAGACCGACGUCUUCUGCGCCGGGAGCGUGAUCCUACCCGACAAGGCCGGGCGACAGAUCAACGUCGGCGGGUGGUCCCUCGACUCGACCUUUGGCGUGCGGCUCUACACCCCCGACGGCGUCGAGGGCACCAACUCCACCAACGACUGGGAGGAGGACUUCCACGUCCUCAAGCUCCAGCGGGGCCGGUGGUACCCCACCGCGGCGGUGCUCUCGAACGGCUCGAUCUUUAUCAUUGGGGGAGAGAUUGGGAGCAACGAUAUUGCCCAGCCGAAUAUGGAGCUUUUGCCCAAGCCGGAGGGCGGCGAUACGGUCAUUGAGUUUGAGUGGUUGCAGAGGACGGAUCCGAACAACUUGUAUCCGUUCGUGACGAUCCUGCCGAGCACGCAUAUCUUCGUUGGUUACUGGAACGAGGCGAGGAUCUUGGACCCUGUCACCUUCGACACCCUCGUCGAGCUGCCCAACAUCCCUGGAGCGGUCAACAACUUCCUUGCUGGCCGUACAUACCCUCUUGAGGGCGCUUCGGUUCCUCUGCCUCAGCACGCUCCGUACACCGACCCUCUUGAGAUCCUCAUUUGCGGUGGCUCGACUGAAGGACCAGGAUUCGCCCUUGACAACUGUGUUUCAAUCGCGCCGGAGGCACCUAACCCGACCUGGAUUGUUGAGCGUAUGCCCUCGAAGCGUGUCAUGCCUUGCAUGGUCUCUCUUCCCGACGGUACCGUCAUGAUCAUGAACGGCGCGCACCAAGGCGUCGCCGGCUUCGGUCUCGCCGAGGACCCCAACCUCAACGCCGUCCUCUACGACCCCACGCAACCCCACGGCUCGCGCUUCUCCAUCCUCAACAACACCAUCACCGACUACCCCGACGGCACGCCCAGAUACCCCGAGGAGUUCCGCAUCGAGGUCUACAUCCCGCCGUACCUCAACCAGGGCUUCACCCAGCCAUCCUUCGAGUUUGUCGGCAGCAGCGAUUGGGCGUACGGCUCGUCGCACCAGAUCAGGGUCACGCUGCGCCAGGGCACGACGAGCGGGAUGCGCGUCAGCCUCAUCGCGGCGACCUCGAGCACGCACGGGAACACGAUGGGCGCGAGGAACAUCUUCCCGGCGUUUACGUGCGCAGGCACUACGUGCACGAUCAUUGCGCCGCCCAACUCUGGAGUCAGCCCUCCCGGAUGGCACAUGUUGUUCAUUUUGGACGGCCCGACGCCCAGCCACUCCAAGUGGGUCCGCAUUGGUGGUGAUCCUGCCCAACUCGGUAACUGGCCUCAGCUGCCUGGGUUCACGACGCCCGGCAUGUAG